AUGGCACUCGCGCAGACCAAGGCUGCGAUAGCAGCCUCAAUCGGUCUGCGCAUUCUGACUUACAUCUUCCUGCGAUGGGCUCUUGUUCCCGCUGCUCCUGCUAUCAUAUUCACCCUCUUUGCGGUCUACCUCCCUUCCUUCAUAUCGGGCUACCGCAAAGAGCCAAAGUAUGAGAUGGUCGAUGAGGUCGACAUGGUGGUGAAAGAGACCACAGCUCCUAAGGAAGAGACCUCCAAGAAGGAGAGAUUCCAGGCGCCGAGUGUCACCAAGCAGACCACAGUCAAGGACGUUACCAUCAAAGAGACUAUUUCCUUCGAGGAUAGGCCUCUUAACCCCCUCAAAACCCUGCUGAGUGGUGCUCCUAACCCACGUAGCUUGGCUCUUUCAGCGACUUCGCUGCUGGUGAACCUGCUCUGUGUUGUUAUGGUUGCGGACCGCCUGUUCCGGGACCAGUUCUUGCAUACGGUUGACGAUCUCUCUUUUGCGAGGGUCGGCUACGUGUCGGAGAAUGAGGCCAGGCUCUUGAUCCGUGAGCCAGAUCAGCACAAGAUGCCCAUUACUGUGGAAGUUCGAAUCAAGGACCCACAGCCGCCUUUUGACAGUCCCUUGUGGCACAAUGUUGGGGGUGUAAGAUGGACAACCAACGAAACCGACUACACAGCUGUCAUCCCAAUCCCGCUCCCACGGUCCAAGCGGCGGGUCUUCGAAUGGCGCACCUCGAACAACCACUCAGGUACAUUUACAACUCCUUCUCCAGUCGGCAAGGCUGAUGACACCAACUAUGGACCUUUCACCUUCGUCACCACCUCUUGUAUCGUUCCUCGGCUGCCAUAUAGUCCAUUUGAUCACCCACUCGCUAUUCCGGGCUUUCGACAUCUGGCCAAAGUGCUUCCUACACUGGGUGCUCAGUUCAUGCUCUUUCUUGGAGACUUUAUCUACUCAGACGUGCCGCGCUACUGGGGUCGCGAUGUAGGCUACUAUCGGCAGAAGUACCGUCAGGUUUAUGCCUCACCGGACUGGCCAGCAGUGGGACAAAAUCUCAGCUGGAUUCAUGUCCUUGACGAUCAUGAGAUAGCAAAUGACUGGUCUGCCAACUCAACUGGCGUUUACGCGACCGCUGUCGACCCCUUCCACAACUACCAUUCCGCCGCCAACCCCCCACCAGCCAACAUGAAGGCAGGAAGACCAACUUACUUUACCUUCACCCAAGGCCCGGCGACCUUCUUCCUUCUAGAUACCCGCUCUUUCCGCUCAGCGAACCAUCUACUUCCUGCUGAUCAUCCGGACAAAACGAUGUUGGGCAAGGAGCAACUGCAGGCACUGCUUGCAUGGCUUCGUCGCUCGGAACCUAAGGGGGUUAAGUGGAAGAUUGUGGCGUCCUCGGUCCCUUUUACCAAAAAUUGGCACGUCGAUUCUCUCGAUACGUGGGCCGGCUUUCUACACGAAAGACAAACGAUCUUGAAGACCAUGUGGGAGGUGGGCAGAACCCAAGGUGUUGGUGUCGUUGUGCUGAGUGGUGACCGGCACGAGUUUGCGGCUACGAAAUUCCCUCCUCCUUUCUCGGACGAGACCCAUCCUGUCGAAGGGGUGAAGGACCCAGAUGAGGCGAAGAAAAGUUCUCAUGAAAGUGCGGCUGUAUGGGAGUUUUCUGUCAGUCCGCUCAGCCAAUUCUACUCACCUGUCCCUUCAUAUUGGCAGAGUGAUGCUGAGGAUGUGAUGAUAAAGUACAUUCAUAAAGGAAACUCAAAGUUUGGUGCAGUUACAAUCGAAAACCUAGAGAGCGGCCACCAAAGUAGCCUUAAGUACAGGUUGUAUGUAGAUGGAAAGGAAGUAUGGAACACCGUCAUCCUGUCCCCGCCACCCGCUUCGGGAUCGGGAAGUAACGGGAUCAGCGGCCUUCUAGGAAAUUUGAGGAACAAGAUUGGGGUAUGA